UUUACACCUGAAGAUUGCCUACAUUAUAGUCCUAUAUGGAAUGCUGGUAGGUUACGAGACCGAUAAAUCAAUUGAAAAUUGGGUUUGGGCGUUAGUGGAUGAUCUUGAUGCAUUUAACCAAUUUCCGUGGGGGGAGUAUAGUUAUAAUUUGUUGUGUCGAAACAUAACAAAGUGCAAGUCAAAAGAAAAAUAUAAAUUCUUUGGACCUGUUUGGGCGUUGCACGUGUGGUCGCUUGAGAUCAUGCCCGACUUUGGUAAUGUGGUUGGCAAGUGUGUUGCUGAGUUUGCUCACCCUCGAUGUUUGAAGUGGAAGUUUCGGAGUAGACCGGGUAGGAAGGAUUUACAGUCCUUUUUCGAGAAAGAGGAGCAAGAGAGAUUGGAGUUGGUCCCAGAUGAAUUUGAAGUCACCACUAUGUACUACUUGUCUACCGUUGGAAUUUAUAUGGGGCACAGUAUAACGAAGGCCAUAAUCAGGAUGGAUAGACGGGCGCGGAGUUCAUCCUCCCGUGGAGGGGGUUCUCGUGGACGAGCUAGGGAAAAGCGUGUUAGGCCACCUACUACAUCUUCAUCCUCUAGUAGCGGCGAUCAUAGUAACCGACCUGUAGACCGUGCCUAUCUAGAUGCCACUGUGAGGAGGAUGGAAGAGGCACAUGAAGAGAGAUUGAAGCGGCAUAGCGAAUCUAUAGAGGCACGGGUGAAGAGGACUUUGAAGGAGUUUUUAGUGGAACUGAAGGGAUUUUUAAGUUGUAAGAGUGUUCAAGCUAGGGAUGUACAUUCCCCUGCUCCUCGACCUACACCGGCAUCCGAGGCAAGACAUUUUGAUGAUAUACGAGACGAGGGUGCCGAGGAAGGCGAUGAUAUACGAGACAAGGGUGCCGAGGAAGGCGAUGUUCCUCGUGAUGAUAAUGUGACACAAUCGCCAUAUGUUCCACAGUUUACUCAGUUUGAGUGUGGGAGCACAUCUUUUUUGGGCACUGAUGCCGAGAUCCCUCAUUUCUCCAACCCAAUUGAUCAAAUGAGAGCAUGUUUUGAUUACAUGGGAGAGGAGAUGGUUAGUUUUGGAGAGCCCUCCCAACGCAUUGAGACGGCGGUAUUGCCCCGUAGAAGUACACGUCAGAGAUUCCCAUCUCAACAGUUGGAGUCCCCGUAUGCUGCAUCUGGAGGGAGAAAAUAA